GCCAAUUACAGUAAAAAAAAAGUUUCAGACCUUGAGCUUUGUGGUGGCAAUAGAGCAAAUGAAUGGGACACCAUAUAGUUAACGUCACUGAUGAAUUACCUGCACGAGUGGAGCAGCCCUUAGUUACGGAGAGGACGCCAAAACAGCGAUGCAAUGAUCACAAGGAUUGUAUUGGAGCCGUGGUGGGAGCACUGAAGAUAUUACAGCGGAUCAGACUCUUCCCAUAGGUUACGUAUGGUACCAGGUGUGUGCGGGGGAUGUGUGCAGGAUGAGCAGCACAUUUGUUACAUUAGCAGAAGUGUUGGAGGCACGAGGGGGACCUCUGCUGGAGGAGGAGGUCUGGUCGCUGCUGCUGGGCACUGCAGAGUCAUUAGUGGAUGUGUCCUAUAAGGGUCACAACAAUAUGUGCAAUAUCAUAAGCCCCACCUCCUUGCUGCUGUCAGCCACUGGUACCUUAGCAUUUAAGAACUGUGCCCUGUCAGAUGACGUAUCCACCUUCACUGCUCCAGAGAUGCUGCAGGGCCGUGCCAACUCAACCAAACCUGCCAUAGAGAGGAUGCUGGUGUAUUCACUGGGCAUGACUCUCUACUGGUCAGUUGAUUUUCACCUACCUCAGAAUCAGCCAGUCCAGUUGAGUGACCAUCUGAACAGCCUCCUCCUGAGCAUGUGUGAGGAUCUGGCCCAUCGCAGGGUGAAUCUCACCUCCAUCCUGGAGGCCUGUGAGUCUCAGCACAAAGCCACUGUUCUGCCGUCUCCCACCAAAAUCAUCCGACAACUGGUGGAGGAGGUCUUCCAUGAUUCAAUGGAUCAUGGCUCGAUGUCAGACAGCAACGUCCCUCUAAGUGGCAGGAGCCAGAUGAUCAGAGAGCGGCUUCAUGGAAAGAGAGGGCCACUUCCAGACUUUGGUGAAGGGUGUGCGGGUGCAGCUGAGGGGAGAAGAUACUCAACAGACUCUGACUCAAAAUCAGGGAGUUUACCUCAGAGACCUUGGAGACAGAGACCAAGGAGUUCUCCUACACCUAUAUACACCAGUAGUUUUGACAGACUGCCUCGUGGGGUCCGUCACAGGGAAAGUAACUGCAGCUGGCUUGGUAGGAGCCCUCACCACGAUAUUUCCCCUAAGGCAUCAGCCAGGUCCCACAGUCCUUCCAUCACCUUCAGUGAGUCCUCCCUCAGCCUGAACCAGAGGAAAGCCAAGGCUUUGGGUCCUGAGUUCAUCAGAAUGACAGACGAACAGCAGGUCAUUCUGGAGCUACCAGGAUCCAUUGUGUCUAAAAAGGGCCGCUCAUGUUCAUCUCAGAGGGAAGUGAGUGUGGUGCUGCCUAACGGACAGUAUUUGGUGGUUCGCUGUGACAUUAAGACCAAAGCGAAAGAUGUGUUUGACAUGGUCGUGGCUCACGCAAACCUGGUGGAACAUUUCUACUUUGGCCUCGCCUUCCUAGAUGAUGAUGAAUAUUUCUUUUUGGACCAUGAAGUUAAAAUCUCCAAAGUUGCCCCGGAUAGUUGGAAAAAAGCACAGAUGGCCUCCUUUUUGAUGUUUCUACGAAUAAAGUUUUUUGUUGAUGAUAUCUCCUUCAUUUUGCACAGACUGACACGCCACCAGUACUACUUACAGCUGCGGAAGGAUAUCUUGGAGGACAGGCUUUACUGUAACGAGGAGACAGGCUUGUUCCUGGCUGCCCUUGCUCUGCAAGCUGAGUUUGGGGAUUACAUUCCAGAGCUGUAUGGCAAGAAUUACUACCAGCCAGAACAUUAUGUAUCUAAAAGGAUGCUGGAGAAGCUGGCCCUGCCCAAUCUGAGAGAAGAGUUGCCAAGACUACAUGCAAGUCACACCCAGAUGCUGCCUGAAGAGGCUGAGACAGAGUACUUAAAGAUUGCCCAGCAGUUGCCAGAGUAUGGAGUUAUGUUCCACCGUGUGGGAAGAGAAAAAAGGCCGGUGGUGGGAGAGUUAGUUUUGGGAGUCUGUGCCAAAGGAAUCAUCGUGUACGAGAUGAAAAGCCACCUCCGUGUUGUCACCAGGCGUUUCCUCUGGAGGGAGACCGACUCCAUCUCCACAGGGCGGCGCAAACUGACUAUAGAGUGUGGUGGGCCCAGUGGGAAGAAGCACAGCUUUAUCACCGAGAGCUCCAAGAUAGCACAGUACCUCCUGAACCUCUGCUCUGCACAGCACAAGUUCCACAGCGAGAUGAUGUCACGACAACUGAACCACAGCACUGUACAAGAUGAGAACAUAGACAAGUACCUGUCUGCCUGUCAGGGUCAUAACUUGAACCUGAAGCGGAUGUCAUGCUCAGAGGGCAUGUUGAACCUUGUAGGCUUGUCGCCCGGUCAACAAGACUCCCUGUCCAAGUCCUGCGACAACCUGACUGCCAAGCUAGAGGCGCGGCUCCGCCAGCAGAGAGAGCUGAGGAGGGAGAUGAGCAGGGAUCUGAACAAGGAGCCACCUGAGACACAAGACCUCAGGGAGGUGAAAGAGCCACUUCCCAGAAUGAUGUCCAGUGUCUCGCUACAGAAACAGGACUCCGAGGCCUCUUCCUCCAUUAGAGUCGACACCCCAACCAGGACCCCACCAGAGAGAGAGAUAAUCUGUGUGACCUUAAAGAAAGAUCCCAAAUUAGGCUUUGGGUUUGUGAUCGUGGGAGAGGACAACACAGGUAAACUUGACCUUGGGAUCUUCAUAGCCUCCAUAGUGCCUGAUGGCCCGGCUGACAAAGAUGGCCGAAUCCGACCAGGUGGACGUUUGAUCUCUCUCAAUAAAACGAGUCUGGAGGGGGUGACGUUCAGCGAUGCCGCCGCCAUCUUACAGACCAGCCCUGACGAGGUGGAGCUCAUCGUCUCACAGCCUAAACAAUCUCUGAAGGACAGUAAGAGUUCCCUGAGUCAAAGUAGUCUGGGUUUGGCGCUGGAGAAAGGAUUCGGGUCUCAAACCACCCUGAGUGGCACAGAGUACCGUCCUGCCAUGGAUGAGCUGGAGGAGGCCCUUGUUUUGUCCAACAUGGCCACCCCCAAACAGGGCAGGAGGCUUCACAUUCCUGUUGUGCGAAUACUUGACGCCCAGGAUGUGUGCUCCAGGUCUCCCUCUAUCAGUAGCUUGAAAACUGGGGAGCAGCUUGUGGUGGAGCUGAAGAAAAGCAGCGGUAGCCUUGGCAUCAGUGUAACUGGAGGAAUAAACACCAAUGUGCGUUAUGGAAGCAUCUACAUCAAGAGCCUGGUGCCUGGAGGGGCUGCAGAGCAGGACGGGCGCAUUCAGAUUGGUGACAGACUGCUGGAGGUUGAUGGGUCCAACCUGAGGGGCGUGACUCACAAACAGGCUGUCGAAUGCCUGAAGAAGACUGGAGAGGUAGUGAGCCUGCUGUUGGAGAGGGAGCCUCUGGUGGUCUUGGAGCCCAGACCUGACUCACCCUGCCUUCCCUCAGCCCCCAGUCCAUCACAGCCACAGCCCCCCAGGACUGAAGUCUCUAUGGAAACGACCUUGAGUGGCAGAGCCAAGGACUACAGCUUUGUGACUGAUGAAAACACACAGGAGGUGGUUCUCAAGAAGAGUUUGUCUGGCCUGGGCUUCAGUUUUUACAUCUCCCAGCUGACCGCCGGGCCGGACCGCGGCAGCGUGGUCCGCAUCAAGCGGCUGUUUCAGGGACAGCCAGCGCUGGAGAGCGGCCUGCUGCGCGAGGGAGACAUCAUUCUCUCUGUCAACGGAGAGUCUGUUAAGGAUCUUUCUUACCAGAGGGUUUUGUUCCUGCUACGUGGCGCUCCAUCUGAAGUUCACCUGCUCAUUUGCCGACCAGCGUCUGGAGUAUUUUUUGAUGCAGAUGACAACACGCUGAGUCCUGGUCUAUCCCGUGAGGUCCGAUCCAAGUCUCUGGACAUCCGACUGGGAGAGGACUACAGCCAGCUCCUCAAGUUUCAAAAUGAUGUCAACGAUGUCAACAUGGCUGCCCAGAAACAGCCCGCUGCCCAAGAGGAAGAUGUCGUCAGUGCUGUGGAGAAAAGCCCUGAACCUGCUGCAGCUUUGGUGCCCCACGAGAACAAAGGGAGUCUGGACUGUGAAGCAUUUGCUAACCAGACUCCACCAUCUCCUGUUCGCUCACCUCCAUCGCCUAUUUCACCUCCAUCACCAGUCUCACCUGCAUCGCCUGCAUCACCCACCUCACCCACUUCUGGUUCUCCACCAGUCCCACCAGAAUCAUUACCAAACAUGGAGAAACAAGAUGAACAGAAGGAAGUGGAGGCAAAGGAGGAGAACAAGGAUGGGGGUGAAGAGGCUGCCAAGUCAUCAGGCUCAGCUCUGGAGCUUAUGGAUGUCUGUCCCAAGACUGGUUCAAAGCCUGUAUAUGCUAGUGGAGUCAGAGAGGGGGCAGAUGGAAGUCUGACCUACUGCCUGAUGGGAAAUGGACUGACUAUCCUGGCAGAUGAAGAGUACCUGACCAUCAGCUCCACCGUCGAGCCUCCUCACAGCCUUCCUUCCAUCACUCCCAGUCUGGUCACUUAUACCCCAGCAACCAACAUCACCUCUCAAACCUCCAAAAACACCUCCAUGGCCUCUAGUCACAGUUUUCAUAAUGCAAACCUCACCCCGCACAUCCCCAGUACCUCCGUCUUAAUCCCCAGCCUCUCCUCUGACACCCUUACCACAUGUGCCCUGUCGCACCCAUCUCAGCCUCUCACAACCCAGCCACCCAAGACCCAGCCCCACCCUAUCCAGCAGGCAUUACUUUCAAGUCACAGUCUCACCUCCAAAAACAUCAGGUCAGUGGUGCCUCCGUCUCACGCUCCUCCUCCUCCACCCACUCCCAUUACGACUCAGGUCAUCUGCUCGGCACCUCCCUGCACAAACCCCCCUGCCCUGACCCUGCCACUCACACCGCCGCCUCCCCCUGCUCAGAGCCACACACAGCUGGAAGAAGAACCAGAGAAGAAAGAAAAAGAAUACAAGGACGAUGAUGAUGACGAGGAUGAUGAGGACGAUGAUGAGGAUCGUAGAAAGGGACGGAUUAAGGAAUUUGAGCUGCAUGUGGUUUUGACCAAGUCCAGGAGUGGAAGUUUUGGAUUCACCAUCACCCGCAGCAAGCUGGACAACUGCUACUACAUACAGGAAAUUCUUGACAACCCUGCCAAGAUAGAUGGACGACUCAGAGCAGGAGACAGGCUCAUCACGGUAAACGGGCAUGACGUCACCAGUGUGACAGAUGAUGUCGCCAUGACAAUUCUCAGGUCAUCUCCGAGGAGACUGAGCAUGACCGUUGGGAGGGCAGUUACAAACCUGGUGGCUCCGCCUUCUUGCGACAGCCUGCCAGAUAUUGUUCUGUACAAGACACCUUCAGGACAGCUUGGUAUAAAGCUAACAGGUGGCAUUGGCAGCAGAUGGCAGGGCAUAUACUGUCUGGAGGUGGUGCCAGGCUCCCCAGCCAGUGAGGAGGGCAGUGUCCAACCCAAUGACAAGAUCCUCUACAUCUGUGGCAGGUGCACCCUGGGAAUGACCCUGGAGGACGCGGUCAAGGCCUGUGAGAUCGCCCCUCGCAAAGUGAAACUAAAAAUCAUCAGAGAGGACCAGCCAGUGACUCCCAAGGCUAAAUGGAACGGUCUGUUUGACUGGAAGAAAGACAGGAAGUUCUUUGCUCGUUUUGAAGACCCAGGCUCUCCAGAGAAAGAGUCUCCUACUGAGGAUGCUGAAGCUAUUUGUAGGAGUGCUGGAAAAUUCAGAUGUCUGUCUCUCACUUCAGAACAGGAUAGUUGCAUCAUGCAAGUGGAGUUUACUAAACCAGAGGGAGGGGGCUUGGGAUUUGCUCUGGUUGGAGGAACAAAUGGCAGCAUGCUCAGAGUGAGGGAAAUCUGCUCUGGCGGUGUUGCUGAGCAGGAUGGUCGCCUGAGAGUUGGGGAUAUUCUACUGGAGGUGAAUGGUGUAAUAGUGUCUGGGUUGAGCCACAGUAAGGUGGUGGAUAUCCUGCGCAAGGCUGAGGGCACUGUGCAGCUCACCAUCUGUAGAGACAUCCUGCCUUUAACCUACUCUGAAUCGCCCACACCACCCAACAUGGCCGCCCAACCUGGGCCUAUUUUAGCCGAGCAGCCAGCUCCUGUGUCCACCCCUGACACCUGUUCUUCACCUGACAUCGUUCUGGAUAAACCAGUUGAGCGUCCCCCUGAGGCGACUUCUGAUCCUGUGGUUAACGUAGAAGAUGUGCUCCAUCCCUCAUCACCUCAUCCCACACAGCGACUGGCUGUAGUAAAAGAUGAGAAUGCCAUCCAACAGGAGAGCUGUAACAGCACCCCCUCUCAUCAAGCUUGCUGCCCAUCCCUCAAUGUCACUGACAUUUUGCAUGGAGCCUCUGACAGGAAACAAGUCGUGACCACACUUUUUGACCAACCCUGCAAAGAUAUCAGGAAGAGCCAGUCAGACGGCUGGAGCACCGAAGAAGAAGAUGAUGAUGCCUUUGACCCUACCAAACAGGAAGUGACCUCACCCCCAACAGGCCCACCCAUAGUGUCUGAGGAAGAGCUGGCCAGCUUAGCUCUCAUUACUCCAUCUAAAACCGGCCAGUAUUCAGGCUCCAGGGUCAAAGCACUUAUCCAGAUUUUACAGCAUCAACUGGAUCAGCAGGAACUGGUUAAAGAGUUCAUGAGUCUGGAGCACCUGAAGCCCUCCGACAACUGUGUGGUGGGGAAAGCCCCUGAGAAUAGAGACAAGAACCGCUACAGAGACAUCCUGCCCUACGACAAAACCCGUGUAGCCAUUGGGGAGAACCAGGACUACAUCAACGCCAGCUACAUCCGCAUGCAGGUUGGUGCUGAAGAGUUCUUCUACAUCUCCUGCCAGGGCCCACUGCCUUCCACAGUGCCAGCCUUCUGGCAGAUGAUCUGGGAAAACAAGUCUGAUCUCAUUGCCAUGAUGACCCAGGAAGUCGAAAGGGGAAGGGUCAAAUGUCACAAGUACUGGCCAGAGAAGCUGGGUGUGCCGCUGGACACCGGCAAGUACCGGCUUCACCUGGAGAACCACCAGUACCUGGAGUACUUCCACAUUAAGGUCAUUCGCAUGGUGGAGACAAAGAGCGGUGAGACCCACUUUGUCCGUCACCUUAAGUUCACCCACUGGCCCGACCACGGCGUGCCGCACUGCUCAGAGCAGCUGGUUCGCUUCAUCCGCUACCUGAGGGCGGUGCACCACAAGGGACCCGUCACCGUGCACUGCAGCGCUGGCAUUGGACGCACAGGAGUCCUCAUCUGCACCGACAUCAUCCUCAGCCUGGUAGAGAAUGAUUUGCCUAUUAAUGUGAGUGACAUUGUAAAGGAGAUGAGACUUCAGCGGUAUGGGAUGAUUCAGACUAAGGAACAGUAUCUCUUCUGCUACAAGGUCUGGUUGGAGGUUUUACAGGGCAUUUUACAGCUCCAUGGCAACCAGUGGCUACCGGAAAGCCCCCAUGACCACAAAGUAGUUUGACUGUUUCCACCUCACUUCACCUUAAGCGCAGGCUGUGUAUGACCAUGUACCGUAUAUCACAGCACAGACUGGUGGUAAUUUUAUCUUUGGCUGUGUAUGUUUUUAGUUAGCUUGAGUAUGAACACUGUAAUUCUUUUCUGUUUUGAUAUUUUGCGCUGAGGCCUGCUGUUUAAUUAUUAGAAGGCAGACCUCAGCUUUAAAUUUUUGUUCUUGUAUGUGUUCUCGGUGCUGUGAUUAUGUCCAUAAUUUAACUUAGAUCACUGAGUUUAUUGCCUUUUCAAGGCUUAGUGAUUUGCCUUCUGUGACUAGCAAUAUAUUUUUUUUGAUUUUGUGUUACUUUGUUUGUGUUACGUUGUUUGAAUGUAUCUCUUUUAUUAUCCUCCAUGUCUUUUCAUUUGCAGAUUGCAUUUAUUUUUUAACAGCCAUAUUGCAUGGAAAUUAAAUGCUGGUAAUAAUCUAGAAUGUAUUAACCAGCACAUCUUUUAUCCAGCAAGAAUGUCACCUAGGUCAUCAAAGUGCACAAGCAUAAGUUUAUCAUACCAAAGUGUAUCUAUUUGAAAUCUUGAUGAGUAGAGUUUGAUGAAGCAUUAUGUUAACAUGUCAUGAAGUUAAGUGCAUUUUUAUCCUGGAAAUAAGGGCAUUAGCAUAAGGACAUUGUUUAUUUCUCUAUUCAUUAACCAAGGAAGUGAAAAGAAUCAAGUGCCUUGGAAUGACUCACUCCCCUCGCUUCAUAUUGACCCCGGUCCCUCUUGUCACAAGGGGUCAAAGACGAGGAGCAAGGAAUUGAUUUGAAAGCACAGAGCAGUGGUUACUCAAAGUGGUAAAGUAGCAUGUGCAGCUUUCUGUCUGUGCAUGGUCACUUUAACAAAGGUGGAAGUUUUGUUGAUCAAAACCAGAGGACUACUGAACCUUACUUUUUCUUAAAUGAAGUAAGUUGUAAACACAGAGGCUAUGUAAAGUUUGUGCACCACCAAUCCGUUUUUGAUUGUUGGCCCUUUUUGUCUAAAUAAUUAUCAUCACUACAUAAGUCUUACACAGAUAAUAUUAAGUUGUACACCCUAAUACAGAUAAUGAAUGGUAUAGCAUAACAAAUACAUGCAUUAAAUACAUAAAGGCACUCAUUACUAUUGUUUCAGUAUAAUAUGGUUGAUGUGUUCACAGUAGGGAGUCGUGUACUUUGUAGGCAAGGGCACAAAAUUUUCACUGAUGUUCCUGUUGUCUAAAUAACUAAAUAAUAGCAACUUUAGGUAUAAUUUGAUAUGUGACAACAUCCUUUAUCUGUAUUCCAUAGUAUUUUUUAUGCAAACUUGGCCAAAAAGUACAAAAAAACAAGAGGUUUACAAACUUUCCAUUUGCCACCUUAGAUGUAUAUGAUGUACAAAGUAAAGAGCUACAUACAGUACAUCCACUAUGCAUCUGCAAGUCACAGAUCAAAGAGUCACAGCUGCUGGUUUCACCCUCAGCCUUUGGCUUAACUGCUUGUAGGCCUGGACGUUUUAGCUGCUAUCGAACAGCACCUCUCUUAUUGCAUGCUGUUAUUCAAAGUACAGAAGCCUGAGCUAUGGAGUUUUCCUAAAUGAUUUGAACAUGAUCAAGCUGUGGAAUGUAACAAAGCAAUACUCUCCACGAGGAGAGGGGCACAGAAUGUCAGCCUCUUACGAACUGUCUUUAACAUGUUGCAUCACACACUUAUGCAGUACUGUACUUUUGCCAUGUGGAUGGCUAUGUGCAGCCAUCAGCCUCUGUACUGUGUAUGUAACAUUUAUUCACUUAAUACUGGUAGUUUGGCUUCCAGUAAGAAGAAGCUAUCAUUCAUGUGCAGGUUGAUGAUCUCUUUGAGAUCCAGUUGAGAAUGUCUUUUCUCCGGAGAAGGAUUUUUCUUUACGGAAAAUGCACACAAAGCACAUUUUGCAUUCAUCUGUGAAAAUGCAUCUUGUACAGUCAAACAAGUGCUUACACAAUAGCAGUGUGAAAUGUAAUAACCCUUAAUUGCACAAAUGCUCAUUUAUGCUGAAUUAAUAUCUUGUCACUGUACCAUAACCACUAUGUAACCAAUGACUGAGAACAAUAUAAUACCUCUCUCUUUAAUUAAAAACUAUUCUGAAACAU